AUGAGUCACAAAGGAUUGAUAUAUAGCUUUGUUGCAAAAGGAGGUGUUGUUUUAGCUGAACACACGUCGUUCUCCGGAAACUUCAGUACCAUUGCUGUUCAAUGCUUACAGAAGUUACCUUCUAGUAGCAGCAAGUACACAUAUGCGUGUGAUAGCCACACCUUUAACUUCCUACUUGACAAUGGAUUUGUGUUUCUCGUUGUUGCGGAUGAAUCGGUUGGGAGGAGUAUGCCUUUUGUGUUCCUUGAACGGGUGAAAGAAGAUUUCAAGCAGCGUUAUGGUUCAAAUAAUAAGAUUGAAGGCCCGCAUCCUCUUGCUGAUGAUAAUGAAGACGAUGACUUAUUUGAAGAUCGAUUUAGCAUUGCAUACAAUCUUGACAGAGAAUUUGGGCCAAGGCUUAAGGAGCACAUGCAAUAUUGCAUGGAGCAUCCAGAAGAAAUAAGUAAGCUUUCCAAAUUGAAGGCCCAAAUCACGGAGGUCAAAGGUGUGAUGAUGGACAAUAUUGAGAAGGUUUUGGAUCGUGGGGAGAAAAUUGAACUUCUGGUGGACAAAACAGAAAACCUGCAGUUCCAGGCUGACAGCUUCCAGAGGCAAGGAAGGCAACUGCGACGUAAGAUGUGGCUGCAAAGUCUCCAAAUGAAACUAAUGAUUGGAGGAGGAAUCCUUAUCCUGAUCAUCAUACUAUGGCUAAUUGCCUGCGGAGGUUUCAAAUGUUAAGAUGUCACCAGAUUGGAAGAUCAGUUCACAAAGUUGAUGGCUGAUCAGAAGACUGAAUUCCAGACAUCGUUGUCAUCUAUGUCCACCGACAUCGCCAAGUUACAAGCUUCAGUGGCGAUAUCAUCAACCACGUCAAAGUGUCGACUACUAAGCCAUCCUCCACAACCACUGUUCUGUCCGACCUGAUCACAUCUUCUUCUCAUGUUGGUCUCCCUCCCCAUGGGCCUUCCGUCGUCUUCUGCUGGAUGUCUAUGGUUCGGUUUGACUGAUGUGCUAAUAUUUUAAGAAAUUAGUAUAUAGUGAUAAAAAAAAGUUUAGUAACAAGGAUAUGGUAAAAUUGAGUAUGGAAUGGGUUCCUUUAAAUUGAAUGUGGAUGCAUCUCGAAAGUCAGUUUCUGGGAAUAUUGGUGCUGGGAGUAUAAUUUGUAAUUCUAAUGGGGACUAGGUUAGAGGUUUUACUGUUAAUUUGGGGAUAUGCCAAAUAUUGGAAGCGGAGAUUUGGGGCUUGUUCUUUAGUCUGAAACUUGCUGUGGACAAAAGUCUCUCUCAUCUUAUUAUUGACAUGGAUUCGAUUGUGGCUGUGCAAUUGUUCAUUAUGCUUGAGAUAAUCCUUUUCCACUCUUUGCUAGUUUGAUCUACUUGGGGGUGCUAUUUCGCCUCUGCGCCUA